CCACACAGGGCUGGGCCUCAUGGCGGUGCACUGCGGGUUUCCUAUGGACGAGAUGCACAUGCAGUGUCUUCUCAGGAGCCCCCAGCCCACAGCACCGGGAGGAAGAAGGCUCUCAGAGGUGAGAAGAUCCCCAGCCACUCUCUGUCUCUAGGGUAUGCGGACAAAGCGAUUCCCUCUGCAAAUAAUAAUGAAAUAAAAAAGGCACAGAACAACCUGAAAUUCCCCAAAGUGGCGCUCAGAUCUGGGCACCUGCAGCCCUCGGUGCUGCCCAUGCUGGGCUGGGGGCCGUGUGCUGCCCGCGGGGGCACAGAGCGCAGGGACCUCUCAGCGGGUGCAGGGGCCGUUAUCAAUAACAGGAAACGAAGUUGUCAGGAGGGGCAGGAGGGAGAGAGAGACCCGGGGAGAAAGGAAGCGGUUAGAAGCAGCCACUUCCAUUUUUGCUGCAAGACAGCCCGCGCCCACGCACCACUGGGCUGGGGGGAGCAGCGCUGGCUUUCCACGGGUCUAUCUGGCCUGGGAUCGGCAGCGAGCUGCUCACAAAGAGCACACAGAGCCCCCCCAGCCCCGCGAUAACAGCAAGAGAGAAAAAAGCAAACCAGGGGCAGUUAAAAAUAGCCAACGUCCGGUGCGGAGAGGUGCGGCGAGCCAAGCAGAUGCUGACUUUGGCAGUCCACGGGGGCUCAGCUUCUGAACCUGGCUAAAAAACAGCGUGUGUGUGUGACCCUGAGCGCACCAAGCCCCAUGUGAGCCCAGCACAGGUCAGAGCUGUGAAUCCGACACGGCUCAGAGCAGCAGGGAUUUGCCAGCAGCUUCUGCAGGGAGCCGUGCCCAUGGGCACAAGGGGCUGUCCAACAAACCAGGGCCAUAGGGUGAAGGUGACCCAAGAGUGCGGCUCCUCCAGCUCUCAGCUGCUGACGUGUCCUUCCCUCCAUGCAGAUGUUUGCACAACUCACCCCAGCGCCUCUUCCUCUUUUCUUGGGCAAACUGUAGAGCUAGGACCCAAUGGAUCUUUGAAUUAAGGCCACGUUUUCCAGAUCCUUGCAUGCAGUUCCCCCGCUCUCUUUUAAAGCGUCAGAGUAUGGGUGGGUUGCCAUUGGUGAGGCUGCACCUGGAGUGCUGAGUCAAUUGCUGGACCCCACAGAACUUGGGUGCACUGGAAAGAGCCCAGUGGAGGGCCACCAAGGUGGUGAAGGGACUGGAACAUCUCUGCUGCAAGGAGAGGCUGAGAGAGCUGCGGCUGCACCGCAUGGAGCAGAGGAGGCUGAGGGAUCCCAUCCAUGGCCAUAAAUGCCUGCAGGGAGGGGCAGGGAGGCAGAGCCCAGCAGCAGGGCAGGAGGCACCGGGCAGAACUGGGAGCCCAGGAGGGUCCCUCUGACCAUCAGGAGCACUGCUGUGCUGUGGGGGUGGUGGGGUGCUGCUCAGGGGCCUGAGGCUGUGAGGUCUCCUCCUCUGAGAUCUUCAGACCCACCUGGACAUGGGGCUGUGCACCAGCUCUGGGUGUCCGUGCUGGAUGGGGCUCUGAGCAGCUAACUGAGGUGUUGGUGUCCCCUCCGCUCCCCCUUCAGCAGCAAGGCCAUCUCAGUUGGCUUUUGGCUUUGAGUUUGGGUUUGAAUGGUUUUGGGUGGUCCUGCGUGGAGUCAGGAGAUGCACUCGGUGAUGCUUGUGGGUCCUGUCCAAUGUGGGAUAUUCUGUGAUUCUGAGAUUCUAUGAUUCCAUGAUUCUAUAAUUCCAUGAUUCUGUGAUUCCAUGGUUCCAUGUUUGUAUGAUUCUGUGAUUCUAAUGUUCUAUGGUUCUGUCAUUCUGUGAUUUUAUGAUCCUGUGUUUUUGGGUUGCCCCCGCAUGGACCACGUCCUGCUGCUUCUGGACCUGCGGGUGCUCCCAGGAGACCGCAGCCAAGGAGGGGGCAGAAAUGGGCACAAAUAUCUGCACACUUCUCCAUCCCAACCGCAGCCAGUGUUGUGAUGCUGGCAGGGUCACGGACCCAGGGCAGACCAUGAGGGCUCUCCUGUCGCAGUGGCAGCCACCUCGCAUGUUGCUGUCCCCUCUGCCCAUCCCCUUUGCGAGGGCUCAGACUGUCCCCAGGCCUGGACGCUUGCAGCCUGGCUGUCAGCACAGACUCCCUGCCAAUAGACUUAUUUUUUUCAUAAUGCUCAGCAGCAGAGGGGAAAGAGGAUGUUUGUCAGCCAAACAAAUAUCUGCUCCUGUCCCUGGGGGGGCAAAGGGGAGGGCAGAGGAAGAAGCGGUGGGGACAGAGGGGCUGGGCAGGGGGAUUGGGGGCAGUGGGAUGUGGGGGUGCUGGGGGGCAGUGCCGCCGUGCAGGUGACCUUACAUGCAUGCACCACUGCUCAGGACCCUGACGCAUCUCUGCCUCACCUGCUGACCUUGCAGCCUCGUGGGUACAGCACCAUGCUAAUGGCGCUUUCAUCCCGGAGAGAAGAGCACAGUGCAGCCUGCUGCUACAGGACUCUGCUGCAGCUCUCUGACCCCAGAGCCCUUUCUGUCCCAGACACCCCGCAGCUUGGCUCCCCGGUGAGGGCUCGCUGCGGGGCCGAGCUCUGCACGGACAAGUCCUCUGCCCCAGUGGAGCUGGAGGAGCUGCUUAGAAAACAGGAAACCAUCUGACCAGGAAAAAGCAGCAAGACGCUCCUUUACUCCACAAUGUUUGUUGUUUUAGGCUCUCCCAACCAAGCAGGACAGCUGAUCACCCUGAGUCUUGGGGCAGCCCUGGACCCAUGGCCACAGCGCCCACAGGACAGGCAGGACAGCGUGGCUCCAUGGCCCAGAUGCCAAACCCCCUGUUCACAAGAGCCACCUCGUUACCGACAUCCCGCCCACGGCCCUCCCUCCCCUCCAGCAGCACAGCAGCUCUGCGCUGCCCCAUACAUGGAGGGUAAACUGGGGCAGGGCAGCUGUGUCAGCUCAGAGGUGAGAGCAGCUCUUGCCAGAGCUUUGGAUAGGGCAUCUAGAAGAUCUCCAAGUCCCAAGGCCCUUCUUGUGCCCCUACACCAGUCUUAGAAUCAUAGAAUGGUUUGAGUUGGAAGGGACCUUGAAAGGACAUCAGGUCCAGCUCCCUGAGAUGAACAGAUGCCCACAGCUCCACCAAGUUGAUCGGCUUGGUCAGUCCCGAGGUCACCUCCAUGGACAUGUUUCUGGGGCCACCAAAUCAGAGCAGAGCUCUGUGUUGCUGUGCAGGACCCCAUGGACAGUCCCACCAGCCUGAGCUGAGCAGCUCAGACUGAAGGGUCGGGGACUACACAGGGCUCUGGGAGAAGGCUUCCAGCAGGCAAUGGUGGAGGAACUGAGUCUGCAUCCCUCUGCCAACACUUCACCCCUGCUCCAGAACCACAGCACCCAGGGGGGGGAGGCAGAGCUGCCAGCAAACUCUUUAGCAAUUGCCAGCACCGUGUCCAAGAAAUGACCCAAAAAGCAGCAGCUGGGGAGGAGAGAGCAGCGUGCCUCUGCCCGUGGGGUGGGUACUGGUGUUGGAUGGGGCAAACUGGUUGGUGGUGCGGCGUGGCGGUGGUGCAGCCAUUGCUGCCAGAGAGAGGAGGGAAAGCAGCCAGGGAACAAGAUGGGACGUUGCCCUGCCUUCGCCCUGAGCUGCUCCUGCCUGCGGGCAUGGAGGAUGGGGAGGGCCCGUGUUUACUCCUGCAAAAAAAGAAAAAAAAAGAGAGAGACCUUUCUCCCCAAAACAAACCCUUUUGUGUGCAAAUACAGCCGUCCUUCAGGUUUGUUCAUACACAGGAAGCUUGGAACCAAAGGGCCGGGGCUGGUUUCAUUUUGAGGUGAGUUUUUCGGUUCGUGGUGGUAUUUGGAAGCUGAGCCGCUUUCCAAAUUUGGACCCUGUGUUUUUGCAAGCUGCAGCAGUGUCCAAGGCUUCCUCACAUCCCUCCCGUGAGGGCGGGCUGGUUUGGAUGGAGUCGGUGCUGCUGGCCCUCUCCUUUUUCUCUGCAGAGAUUUUGCCAAGCCGGGGGUGGAAGAAACUCGCUGCUCCCGCGUGGGGCUGAGGCAGGCAGACCUGCUGCUGAAGAGCCCUGAGACGUGAGCUGCGGGCGGCAAGUUCGGCUGCGGCUGCAGGGACAGCGUCCUCGUGCUCAGGACUAACACAUCUCCUCCUGCUGCGUCCAUCGAGGUGACAGAGGGGUCUGUGGGAGCUGCUCCCAUGGCGAUGGCUUUCCUCCAAACCACUGCCAGGACACCAUGGCCCAUGGUGACGACGUGGCAGUGCGCUCCUGGUGGGCUCUGGGACCUUCCCAGCCAACAUGCUGACCCUCCUCACUCCACACCUCCCUCCAAGCAGGGCAGUGACGCAGUGAGGGGCUCUCACUCCAGGCCCUGAUGGCACUCAGGGCAGCAAAGCGAAGCUCUUCACAGCCCACGGGUAUCUCCAGGGAUGGAACAUGGGUUUGGAUGCCUGUGCUGGCUCCACUGUGCCCUUAGGGCCCUCCCAGUCUCUCUGCAAUCACAACACAAUGGGAUGCUCGCUGUCUCCAAAGGUCCCAUCUCAGCAUCCCCCCGCCAUGGUGCUCAUGGUGGGGGGGGGCUGUGAGCAAUGCCCAGCCCUCCCCCCUACCUGCAUCCCUGCCCUCCUCGCGGUGCAGACCCCUGAGCCGUGGGGCUGACGGAGACAUCUCCAUCGCACUGAUUGCAUCCCCGUGGCAUCCUGCGGCCGCGGGGCGAGCCCAGGCGGGCCUUCCCCUGGACCAGCCCAGACUUGAGCGUCAGAGCCGUGCACACGCGGGAGCAAACAGCAAACGAGUGGGAGCGCGCUGAGCCAGCGCCGCGCACGGGGACGGGAUGUGGAUCACGCCGGGGACUCCCACCAACAGAGCCCUAGGCAGUGCUCAGUGCUUGGAGUUGGCAGCGGGGAGAAAUCAUGGCCUGGGGCAGCCCACGGUGCUCGUGAGCGUGAGGAGAGACAGUGACUGGAGGGACUGGGAGCGGAGGGAUGCUGCCGUGGGAUGGAGGCAGGACAGGGACCCCUGAGCUGCUCCCAGCCGGGUUGCAGUGCACCAGUGUCCUGAACCAGGGGGUGAUGCAGGGUGCCAGGCUGGCUGCAAGGCAUCCUGCUCAGGGAGUGAUGGCUCACAGUGCUCACAGUGCCCACAGGUGAGCAGGAGUGCUGUGUGACAGCUUUGCUCGUGGUGCAGGGCCUGGACACAGCUGUGUCCCGCUGUACUGUGACCUCUCUGGGUGACAGCUGUGUCCUUUGGGGUGGUGUGGCAUCACCCAUGCCCAGAUUUUGGGACUUUGUCACCUUGCAGACCCUGUGACACCAGGAAUUAUCUGGCGCCUCAGACUCAUGCCUCGCUGCACACCUUACCCUCAUCCUCCCUCCUGCUGCUGCUUCCCGUCAGGUCCCCCACCUCCCCCAGGCAGAGGGACCACGCUUGGAUGUGGAACACGAAUGAGCAGGGAUGAGCCCCGUGGAACCAGCACCAUUCCCAGGGCAUAAGUGGCACAGAAUGCAAAGGGCUCCAGCAUUCCAGUGCUCACGAUCCGCUGGGCGUCCCCCUCCCCCUGCGCCUCGCGGUAGCCUUUGCUGCUUCACGGAAAAUGUGAUGACUCGGCAGCCCCCGAGUUUCCAGGCCUGCUUCCAGCCGCUGGGUGGAGAAACCUUCUGCAGUUGUUUUUGGGUCUGGAACAGCAAAAGGCUUCAUCGUCGGGGGGGACUGCACAGGGGCUCUGGCAUCCCCAGCUGACGGCUUCUCCCUCCGCGUCCCUGUUGCGGUGGCUCAGUGGCACUGGGGUGGCCACAUAGAGGGCAGUGCUGGCACAUAAUGAGCGGCUCAUCCAUGCUGCAUGGGCGGCUGCUGAGCCCCGUGGCGCCGGGGAUAGUGCCUGGGUUUGGCUCUUGGCAGCGCUCCGGGCUGGUCUGCACCACAGGCACAGCACGGAGAUGAAGUUGGUGGGGGUGGCAGGGACGUGUCCCCAAGGCCAGCAGGAUCCUGGCUCUGCUCGCCCUGUGCAUGGAGGGUGCAGCAGGGCAUGGGACACAGGUGCUGGUGGGCUGGUGCAGGGGUGUGUGAAACGAGGUUGGAGGGGCUGGAUGGGCACAGUGAGUGCAGGCAGACCCAGCUCGCUCCCAGCUGAGCUGCCAGGGCAGGCUCAGGACUGGCAGUUCCCAGGACUUCCAGGGAAAGGGGCUGUCUUCUGGCUGGCCCAGAGCUCUCUGGUGUGCUUGAAAGCUAAACGAGCCCCACCUUGAGCCUGCAGCCCAGGAAAAUCUCCCAUCUGUGCCACUGCAGAGGACACUGCCUCCUAUCACCUGCACUGAGGGAUGAAGAUCUCUUCCCGGGGUCCUCCAUCCCUGUCCCUCUGGGUCAGAGUUCCCAUCCUGCUCAGCUCUCCAUCCAAACCCCCAGUCUCCACUUCACCAGCUGCCAACUCCUCCACUUCAUCCCUGCCCUCCCUGCAGCCCCUGCCUCCCUCCAGGGCCACCCCUAGGAAGCAGCCCUGUGUACCCAGCCAUGAUGUGGAGUCACUCCUCUGUGAGGCCCUAUGUCAGGGCAUGCGGGAAGAUAGAAUCAGCAAAAACCUCUUUGCAAAUGCAUCUGGUCCAGCUAUAGCCUCCAGGCUCCUGCCCUGGGCCCCUGGGUAAUCCUGGCCAUGCCUCGCUGCAGUGGGGAGCUCCAGCCUCCUCCCAGCUGGAAAGGGGCCUUGGGACACAGUGCCCUCCCCACUGUCAGCCCCAAACUUCCCUCUGCCCCCGUUCACAGAGGGGGAUUCCCACUCGAUGCAAGUGGCUGGAGAAACAACGCCAGCACCUGUGAGCAUCUGCCCUGUACUCAGCUGCUGUCAGGUGCUGACCAGCUCCUGGGUCUCUGCUGGUUUCAGCAGCAGGAUGGGUGUCCCCAGCUGUGCUGACCCAUGUCAGCACUGUGAUUUGAUGGGUCAUCUCCAUUUCCCCCAGUGCUGAUGUACCUCGGUCCCAAAUGCCUACUGGGGGUCCCCUGAGAGCUUUUAACCACUUGAGCAGUUGCACCAUUUGCAUGUUUGGCAUUCAGGCCUCUCCUGAGCUGUCUGUAUUAAGCUUGUCUGUGCUAAAGCCAAGGCAUUGCCCUGCGCAGAACCUGGAGCUCCAUGGCCAGGGAGCAGCCGGAGCACAGCCCUGGGGACAGAGCACUUGCAGGGAGCUCAGCUUGUUGUGCCGUGAGUCUUCAUUAGGGGAGAACUUCUGGUUCAUCUGCAUGGGAGAUGCAAGGUGUCUUGGGGGCUGCCUCGAGGCCUGGCCCGCUCCAGCUGGGGAGGCCUGGGCCUCUGCAGGGACACGACCGUGACCAGGGAGCAGGACUCUUGGCACCCUCCUUGUCAUCCCCCAUGUAAGGAGAAGGGCACUCCCUUUGUCAUGCUUUGCCCCCUUUCCUGGGUGGCCCCAAUACCCUGGGGGCUCUCAGCAGGUCCCAGUGCAGGACCUGUGGGAACAGCUGCCUGCUUUGCUUCCAGUUACUGGCAGGGGCUUUCCCACAUCUUUGCCCAGGCACCAGGGAACGAUCUUGUUCUCAUGGGCCCCACCUGACAAAACUCCAACUCUCUGGGGGAGGGAAUCCUCUGCCCUGGGGCCAGCUAGGGGCCGUGCCCCAUGGGAUCACAUCCUGACAGCUCGGGCAGCUGACGAUAGGCACGGCCUGAAUAGCUGCUGCUGGUGAGCACGCUGGCUGCUGGGACAGACUCCCACGGCCACACAGGCUGCGCUGGCUUCCGGGAUGGCUGCGCCGCUGAAGCUCUUCCAGCACUGUCCCAGAUCUCCGGCGCUGAUGUGAAGCCAAUGGCAUCUCUGCUCUGAAUCAGAGCUGGCACGCAGCCACGCGUUGCACAGACACGGCCCCGCAUCGCACAAAGCACAGCCCCGCUCACAGCAAGGGGCACAGCGCUGCAAAGUGCAGAUCCUCCAGCCACGAGCACGCAGGGCACAGCUCGGACCCAGGCAGGCAAAGCGCGGUGCAGGCACCUUCACACCCAUGCGACGCAGCACACAAAGCUCUCAGUGUGUGCAACCCCCAGAUCCGAUCUCUGUGCCACGUGCAUCCCACGGAGGCACACAUCCCCCGCGCAGCAGAACCAAAGCUUUCCUUCUCCAUCUGCACCCUGCACAGAAAUCCGUGCACACGCGGCCAAAGGGCGCACAGUGCGCAGAGCACCACGCACCCACGCGUGUGCCGAUGCCCCCCAGCACCGGCGCUGCGCUCCCUCCCCUCGCUGGGGGCUGGUUCGGGCACUCCCUCCCGGCUCCGAGCCGCCAUCCGUCCCGUCCUGUCUCCUCCCCUCUCCGCACCAAAUCCCACAACUCUGCAGCACUCCUUCUGAUGGCUAACCAGUGCUGCAGCCGCGCAGAGUCCCCCCUGGCAGCCCCCCAGCGAGCCGCUCCCUGCCCGCACCGCACGGGGACAGCUGCAGUGUCACCGCAGAGGGACGCGGAGCCACGGGAACAAUAGCAAAUGCACGCAGCGAGGAGCACACGCCCGCGUUGGACUUCUCCCAGCCCAGGGACAGCUGGCACUGCUGACGGGCAGCGCGCUGCCAUGCGUCGCUCAUCCCCACUGAUGUCACCCCGGCACUUGGGGAGCGUGCGGGGAUGCGUGCGGCGCUGGGACGUGGGGCUGCGUGGGGACAGGCGCUGCUGAGGAGCCCCCACCCCAACGUGUCACCCCUCUGAUCCGCAGCCCCGCUCCCCAUGAGGCCACCGCUUCUGCCGCUGCUCGUCCUGUGGGUGCCGCGGCUCCUGGGGACCCUGGCGGAGGGAGAGGGCUGCAAUGGGACAGCGCGGGCAGGGCUGGAGGCACGGGACGCACCUGGUGACAGAGGGCUGAUCCUGAACGUUAGCGCCAGCGACCAGGGCCGGUCAGGCUCGCUCCUCCUCUCCUGGGAUGAGCCGGAGGGGGGUGCUGAGGGCUAUUCGCUCACUCUCUCCCCCCUGGGGUCGGGCACGCUGCUGCAGAAUGGAUCUGUGGGACCCAACGCCACCAACUUCUGGUUCCACGGGCUGACCCCUGGCACACACUAUGAGAUUGAGGUGACCGCCGCGCUCCGCUGCAUGGACACCGCCAGGCAGACUGUCACAGCACAGACAAGUCCUUCACCCGUCCGCAACCUGAGCCUGAGCAGCAGCGGCAGCCCGGCCUCGCUGCACGCCUCCUGGGCACCCGCCAGCGGGCAGCGGGAUGGAUACCACCUCACCCUGUACCACAGCGACUCGCAGACGCUGGUGAGAAAUGCAUCGGUCCCAGCAAACGCCACCGCGUUCCUGUUUGACGGGUUGGUUCCUGGCAGCGAGUACGCCUUGAAGGUCAGCACGCUGGCUGGGGCCGGCCAGGCGAGCACCAGUAUCCACCAGUGGACAGCACCCUCCAUCCCCACCCAGCUGAGGCUCAGCCCCAGCUCCAGCACCAGCCUCUCGGCCACCUGGGCGGGCGCUGGGGGGGCUGCCUGGCUGCACCUCGUGCUCCGCAACCUCCUCACCCAGACGGUGACCAAGACCCUGUCAGCCAAGAGGGGCCUCACGAGCUACAGCUUCCAGCAUCUCCAGCCCGGCACCCAGUACUGGCUGGGGCUGAGCGCUGUGGCCGGGCCCUACACCGUGGAGGGGCCCAAUGCCACAGCAUGGACAUACCCCCUGAGCCCCACCAACGUGACGCUGAGCGGCGCGGAGGAGCAGAGCUCCCUGCAGGCUCACUGGAGCGCCCCGGCGGGACAGAGGGACUUCUACCUGGUGACACUGCGGGAGGAGGAGGACAGUGCUCCCACCAGGAACAUCUCCGUCGGGGGAGACAGCGGCCGCGUCACCUUCCACGGGCUGAGCCCUGGGAAGCAGUACUCUGUCCAGGUGACAGCGGUGGCUGGGCCUUACCGGGCUUCUGCCCGCAGCGCGGCAGCCUGGACACAGCCGCUCCCACCAUCUGCUUUGAGCCUGUCCAGCCAGGGCAGCCCCUCCAGCCUACGAGCCAGCUGGGAGGAGGCCAUGGGAGAGGGCUACGUGUUGGCCCUCAGCCCCGCGGAGCACCCCGUGAAGAACAGCUCUCUGCUCAGAGGUGCCACCAACGUCACCUAUGAGGGCCUCCGCCCCGGGACCCUCUACACCUUUGAGGUCAGCACCGUGGCUGGGCCCUACACCUCCGCGCCCCGGCGCAUCACCAACUGGACAUAUCCUUUACCCCCGGAGCAGCUGACGCUCAGCAAUCAGGGCUGCAGCACUUCUCUGCACGCCGCCUGGAGAGCAGCUCCCGCCGGCAGCACUGGUUACACGGGCACCCUCUGGGAGAGCAAAUCCCAGGAGCAGGUCAGAAACGUGUCUGUGGGGAGCAACUGGACAAACGUCACCUUUGAGGACCUGGUCCCUGGGAGACAGUAUACACUGGAGAUGGCUGCUAUGGCUGGGCCUUACAGAUCCAGCGUGCGGUCAGCCACAGACUGGACAUACCCGCUGGCUCCAUCCGGUGUCACCCUGACCAACACCCGGCGCCCGCUGGGACUCUCGGCCUUUUGGGACAAGGCUGCAGGUGACGUGGACCAGUUCCACCUCCAGCUCUACAGCAAGAGCCAUCCAGCGCAGAGGAACAUCUCAGUGGGGCCAAACAUCCACAACUUCACCUUCCUGGGGCUCUCCCCUGGCGUGCAGUACUUCCUGAAGGUGACCGUCCUCGCCGGCCCCUACCGAUCCUCGUCACACUUUGCCACCGAGUGGACAUAUCCACUGUCUCUGGCUAACGUGAGCGUGCAGCCCGGCCAGAGACCGCAGGAGCUGCACGUGAGCUGGGUGGAGUCAGGCGGUGGCAGAGACCACCUGGUGCAGCUCUCGGUGGCAGAGUCCCUGUCCAUCAUCAGGAACGUGUCUGUGCCCCGUGGUGUCACCCACCUUGACCUGGAGGGGCUGGUGCCGGGCUCCCGGUACCGAGUGGAGAUCAUUUCUCAGGCUGGGCCUCAUCGUAUCUCCUCUCAGACUGCCAUCGGCUACACGGUCCCGCUGCCUCCGCUCUCGCUGUCUGCAAGCCCUGUGGGCGCUGCCUGGGCUCUGGCUGUGCACUGGGAGACCCCUCCAGGGCAGAGGGAUGGAUACCUGCUCAGCGUGCUGGAGGAGGGCUCUUCCUCACCAGCAAGGAACCUGGAAGUGGGGAAGGACAGCACCAACGUCACCCUGACGCAGCUGAUGCCAGGAGCGUGCUACCUUGUUGGGAUCUGGGCAGUAGCUGGAGCCUUCCGCUCCCUCCCCGAGAACACCACUGGCUGCACAGUUCCCGCUGCUCCAACAAACCUGAGCCUGACCAACCCAGGCAGCUCCUCCGAGCUCCACGCGUGGUGGAGCAAACCCCUUGGCAGGAGGGACCACUACCGUGUUAUUCUGCACAGCCUCAGCCAGAGCAGACAUCGGGUGCAGACCGUGAGCCAGGAUGCCCAGAACAUCAGCUGGACUCACCUGGAGGCAGGCAGCAGGUUUGCUGUGCAGGUCAUUGCUGUCAAAGGCUCUUUGGAAGCCUCCUCUGCCAACGUCACCCAAUGGACAUAUCCCUUGGCCCCUGCCAACCUCACCCUGGGCAGCCCCUCGGCCUCAGCACUGCGGGCAUCCUGGGCAGCUGUGGGGCGAGGAGCAGAGGGUUACAUGGCAGAGCUCUAUGACACAGCCUCCGGCCGCCGCGCCGGACACGCAGUGCUGGGUGGGGGUGCCAGGAGUCACAUCUUCCACAACCUGAACCCCGGCACCCACUACAGCGUGGCAGUGAGAGCCACAGCUGGGCCCUACCAUGCCAGCACCCCCAACCUCACCCACUGCACACGCCCACUGCCCCCGACUGCCGUGCGCCUGCUGAGCACUGGGCAACCCGACAGGCUGAGUGCAUCGUGGGGGGCUGCAGCUGGGGGCUGCGAUGGCUACACGCUGACUCUGUUCCACGCCGGGCUGGGCACCACGGCAGCCACGGCCUCAGCUGGGAGAGACACCCACAACGUCACCUUCACGGGGCUGGCCCCAGGGUACGAGUACUCCCUGGAGGUCAGUGCCACAGCCGGACCAUACCAGGCAGCAGCACCCAACGUCAGUGGUUGGACGCGCCCGCUGCCCCCCGCUGCCGUGCGCCUGCUGAGCACUGGGCACCCCGACAGGCUGAGCGCGUCCUGGGGGGCUGCAGCUGGGGGCUGCGAUGGCUACACGCUGACCCUGUACCACGCCGGGCUGGGCACCGUGGCAGCCACGGCCUCAGCUGGGAGAGACACCCACAACGUCACCUUCGUGGGGUUGGCCCCGGGAAGCAAGUACGUGCUGGAGGUGGCCUCCAUAGCUGGGUCCUACCAGACACCUGCGGGGAAUGCCAGCAACUGGACGUAUCCCCUGGCACCCCGCAACGUGUACAUGACAAACCAGGGGUACCCCAACAGGCUGAGCGUGUCCUGGCGAGCCGAACCGCAGGGACACGACGGUUACAGGCUCCUCCUGUACCACUCGGGAUCGGGAGUUCUGGCAGCCAGCGCAUCUGUCGGGAAAGGCGUCGGCAAGUUCACCUUUUCUGGCCUGGAUCCGGGACACAAAUACCUGCUGGAGGUGGUGUCCGUGGCAGGGCCCCACGCAGCCUCCGCGGGGAACAUCAGCGAUUGGACGACCCCCUCUGUUCCCCAGAAUGUCUCUGCGGCGGCAGAAGGGAACAGCGCGGUGCUCAUCUCCUGGGGCAGCGCCCCUGGGCAGCAGGAUGACUGCCAGCUGUGGCUGCGGGACCCCCGGAACGGCUCGCUGCCGCAGCGGCACGCACUCACCAAGGGGCAGGUCCAGCACCGCCUGCGUGGGCUGACCCCAGGCAGGAACUACUCCGUGUCCCUGAGCUGCGUGGCCGGGCCCUACUGGAGCAGCACCAAGCCCUUGGUGGUGUCCGUGGAGCCAAACCCAGUGGAGGACGUGCAGUGCCUACCAGAGUCACGGAGCCUUUUUGUGAACUGGACCGGCUCUCCUGGAGACGUGGAAGCUUACGAGGUGGUGGCAGAGGGGCUCUCGGACGGACCCCCCACCCCCAUGUACUCUGUGAGCGUUCCCGUGAGCCAGGCCAGCCUGGAGGGGCUGGGGCCGAACUCCUCGUACCGAAUCUCUGUGAGCAGCGUGGGCAUCAACGCGAGGAGGAGCCCGGCCAUCACUCUGCUCUGCAACACAACAGUGGAGGCCCUCCCCCCGCCCUUGCGAGCAGACGUCUUCCAGGUAGAGCCCAGCUCCACCGUCAUCAUUUCAUCCGACCUGUUCAGCGAGGAGAACGGCCACAUCGAGUACUAUGGAGUCGUUGCUACCACGAAUGACUCACUGCUGAGGCCCACCCAGGACAUCAUGUCCAGCACGUGGUAUGACCACUACUAUGGGACGGAGGACUCCUACCUGGCUGUGCUCAUCCCCAAUCCCUUCCACCCGAGCUCCACCCCAUCCCCUGAAACCUGGCGAGUGCCCAUGGGGACGGAGGAGUGCGGCCGGACCCGUGCGAUGUGCAACGGGAAGCUGAAAGCCAACGAACAGUACAGGUUCAGCAUCGCUGCCUUCACCAAGUACGACCCCGUCGCGCCCGCAGUGUCAUUCACCACGUUCUCGGCUGCUGGAGAUAGCAUGGACACAACUCCGCUCCCAGUGCCAAUAAUAGCUGGAAUUGUCGUGGGAUUUCUCUUGACACUGGCUGCUAUUUUUGCUUUGGUCUACUGGAAGCAGCUCAGAGCAAGGAGGACACAGAAGAGCAGCCUGCCCCAGGAAAUGGUGACCUACAGCUUGAGAAAUGUCCACCGGCCGAUCCCCAUACAGAAUUUCAAGCAGUACUAUGAGAUGAAGACAGCAAGCGGUAACCACGCUUUUUUCCAGGAGUUUGAGGAACUGAAGGAGGUUGGGAAGGAGCAGCCCAAGGUGAGGGCUGAGCUUCCAGCCAACGUCUCCAAGAACAGAUACCCACACGUGCUGCCCUACGAUCACUCGCGGGUCAAAUUGAGCCAGCUGGGGGAUGACCCACACUCGGACUACAUCAACGCCAACUUCGUGCCUGGCUAUACAUCCCCGCAGGAGUUCAUUGUCACCCAAGGGCCCCUGAAGAAAACCAUCGAGGACUUCUGGAGGCUGGUGUGGGAGCAGAACGUCUGCAACAUCAUCAUGCUGACAGUGUGCAUGGAGAAUGGGCGGGUUCUCUGCGAUCACUACUGGCCGUCUGAAGCGGCCCCUGUCUCCUACGGGCAGGUCCGGGUCCACCUGCUGUCUCAGAGCAGCGCUGAGGAGUGGACCAUGCGUGAGUUCAAGCUGUGGCACGAGGGCUGCCGGGCAGAACGGCGCGUGUCCCACCUGCACUACACUGCGUGGCCUGACCAUGGGAUCCCAGAGUCCACAGCGUCCAUUCUGGCCUUCAGGGAGCAGGUCUGGGAGCACAUCCAGAGUGCCAAGGAUGCGGGGCCGACCCUGGUGCACUGCAGUGCUGGCGUGGGCCGCAGCGGCACCUUCAUUGCUCUGGACCGGCUGCUGCAGCAGAUGAAGCAGGAGAAGGUGGUGGACAUGUUUGGUGUGGUCUACGCCCUGCGGAUGAACCGCUACCAGAUGAUCCAGACAUUGUCCCAAUAUAUCUUCCUGCACAGCUGUAUCCUGGACAAGAUCUUGGAGGAACCACUCCUGGGUUUAUCAGGGACAGAGACGUCCUGCCCCAUCCCACUGAAAAGCUUUGCACAGCACUACGCCCAGAACUCUGCCAAGUCCAACAUGGGCUUCCUGAGGGAGUAUGAGACCCUGCUGGAGGUCGCCAAGGAGGAAACCAGCUCUGCUACACCAUCAUCAGGCACCCAGCAAACACGGCCCUCUUCCAGCAUCCUGCCCUACGAUCGCUCCAGAGUGAAGUUUUCCCUCCUGGACCAGGGCCCUUUCUCAGGUCUGCAGGUGUGGCGUGUCCCGGGCUGUAGCUCCGGCAGAGACUACCUGGCUGUCCAGGGGCCUGACAAGCUGACCAUGGAGGACUUCUGGACGCUGGUGUGGGAGCAGGACAUUCACACCAUCCUAACGCUGCUGCCGUGGCAGGAGAUGGGGGAGGUCCCGAGCGACACGUGCUGGCCGCUGGAAGGAGGCUCCCUCUGCACAAAGCUGCUGAGCAUCCAGUGCGGCACGGAGAAGCCUGCCUCGGGCUGGAGGUGUAUCCAGCUCAAAGUGAAGCACGAGAAGAAAGGAAAGGAGAGGCAGGUGCAGCAGUUCCUGUACAGGCUGUGGAGCAGCAAGCAGCAGCCAGAUGUCCAGAGCCUGGUGGAGCUCCUCACUGCCGUCAGGCGGUGCGUGCCCAACAGGAAGAGAGUCGGUCCUCUCCUUCUGCACUGCAGUGCUGGUGAGAACCAAAUGGGGACACUGAUCUCCCUGGAUUGCCUGCUGCACCAGCUGAAAACUGAGAGGACUGUGGAUGUCUAUGGGGUGACCCUCCAGUUGAUGAGAAGCUGCUGCCUCAUGACUCCCACGCUGGACCAAUACAUGUUCCUGUACACCUGCAUCCGGGACAUCAUCACUCAGAAGCAGCCCUAAGGUCCCUUGCUGCUUCCCAGCAGCAUCCUGCCCUCUGCCUCUGCGGGGGCCUGAGUGAGAGCACUGAGUGGUUCCUGGCACAGCGCGAUUCCUGCAGCAAGAGGGGAACCCACCCGGUGCUGUCACCCCGCUGUCAGCAUGGGGACACCUGGGCAGCCUCAGGCAGCGCUCCUCUGCCUUGCUGGGGAUGGGAGCUGGGAUGCUCCCACUCUGCCCAGUUCCUGGGCUCUCUGGUGCCCCAGAUGCUGACCCAGCUGCUUGGUGGAGAGCGGGAGGCCCCAGCCCGGGGAGUGCUGAGCUCUGCAGUGCUGCAGAGCAUGGUCUGAGCUGAUGGAUCAGCGUUAGGUACAGCCAAUAAACAGCCCUGGGAAAGAG